AUGGCUCAUGCUUAUAAUUUAUCCGGAAUCUCUGUAGAAGUAGCAGAAUUAGUAUCAUUAAUCUGUUUUUUGAUAGCUUCUGCAUGUAUUUUACAGGUUAUCGUUUCCAAGAUAAACGAAAAGAUCCCGAUUUCUAUCAUAUGGUUUUUGUAUGGUAUGCUUACGUAUGGUAUUGCAAUGUCACUCAAUGGUAAAGUUGAUGAUCCUUUGACACAUGCAAUUCUAAAUCUCCGGCAUAUAGAUAAUUCGGUUCUGUACUAUAUCGUCUUGCCAAUUCUUUUGUAUGAAGCGACCCAAGAGAUUAAUUGGUAUGCUUUCAAAAAUUUCAUAAUUGGCGGUAUAGCACUUUCAGUUUUUGGUGUCUUUUUACAAGUGAUAAUACUGGGCGUAUUGUUCCACUACACCAUUUUGGGCUCCACAAAAAUAGGCAUUUCCAUAUCAUUCCUAAUAGCUUCAAUAAUAAGUUCAACAGAUCCGAUAGCAGUGUUGGCUAUUCUCAAUGGUGUAUCAGCUCCACCCAAAUUAUCUUCAAUAUUUAAUGCAGAAUCUCUCAUUAAUGAUGGAUCUUCUGUUCUAUUAUUCCAAUUUUUUUAUUUGCUAACUCUUGGUGAUACAGGCUCAGCAGGAUAUUAUGUACUACUAUUCUUUAAGUUGCUUAUACUAAGUCCAUUGCUUGGUAUUCUUAUGGCCAUUGUGGUAUCUAUCUGGAUUAGUACAUUUCAUGCUCAUCACUUCGCCCAGUGUGUUUCUCUGAUGAUAGGGGGAUAUAUCAGUUACUUUUUGGCAGAAUAUACUUUAAACAUAAGUGGACCUCUCACAAUUGUGUGUUAUGGCAUUUUUAUCAAGGCAUUAGGUAUCAUUGGUUUGGAUAGGGAGGCACAUGAUAAGCAUAGGCACUUUUUACAUGGAUUGAGUUUUAUCGCAAAUUCUGUUGUAUUUAUCAUUUCAGGCGUUAUAACUUUGGGUAUGAUCGCUAAUAACAUGUCCAAUAACCAAGCUCUUACUCACAUCACAAAACUUUGCACUAUGUAUCUCUACAUAAAUGCAGCCAGGAUUCUAAUGAUUCUCAUUUUUAUGCCGCUACUAGAAUUCAUAGGAUAUGGAAUCAAUUGGAAGGAAUUGAUACUUCUUGUUUGGGGCGGUUUACGCGGUUCAAUUGUGCUAGUAUUGGCAUUAAGAAUUGAAAGGGAUACAAACUUUAAUAACGAAUUGACAAACACUAUAGCCUUUUAUAUUUCUGGGAGUGUGUUCCUUAUAUUAGUAAUUCAAGGAUUUACUUUUGAACUAAUUUAUAGAUUGUUGAAUCCAUAUAAGACGAACCCUUUCAGGAAGGUUUAUUUGGAAAAAGUUAUGAAAAUUAUCCACUAUUAUUACACAACGGAUAUGAAGAAUUUGGAAAAUUAUUGGUUAUUUAAGGGCACAGAUGUGGUAUAUCUUGCCAAUGAAUUAGUGCCUAAACUUACAAGUAUGAAAUGGAGCAGCCACGGAUUAUUGCAAUUAAAUAUGCCUUCAGUUAGCCAUAUUAUGAACGAUAUAAUUAAUGAAGAUGGCGAAUUUGUACACAAGUUUUACCAAGGAGAACGAGGUGAUGUUGUGGGUACUAUGUUUAAAUCUGAAGGUCAAUUUGAUAAUGGGACCAUUGAUGAUAGUUCUGCCGAUGGCUAUAUAUCGCUAUUUACCCAGGGUUUACUUAUAACACAGGGCACUAAUAUUGGUAUCAAAUUUAAUCCCAAACUCAACCUAAGAUUGCUAGAAAGGGCAACGACAAAUCAAUCCUCAUCUACUAACAUUAAAGAACAGUUCACAACACUAGAUUCAUUACCAAAAGAUUCAUUGCAACAAUUUUCGAAACAUAAAGAUAAUGGUUACGGUUCACAAGAAGAUUUUUUCCCAGAACGACAGAGUACUGAUGUCACAAUUAUUUUUGACAAAAACGAAUGCAAUUUGGGCAAGAACCAGCCCACUUAUACAAAUCCUAUGACAUUUGAUAUCAUAAAUAAGCCUUGUCUAACCCCCAUUUUGAGCCUGGACAUUGAAUACAGCGAUGUUGAGGCCCUUGAGGACAAUCUUCCUAACGUUGCUUUUGACAACAAUAUCUUGAGGAAGGAGAGAGAGGGAGAACUGUAUAUUAUGGUAUUCAACGCAUGUAAGCAGAUGUACAAGACCUUGUAUGAUGAUGGAUAUAUUGGCGGAGGUACACUAUUGUCAUUGCAAAGCAUCCUGGAUAUAUCAUCAGACUUUGCCCUUAAGAAACUAAAGCACAAAUCCAUUAAAGCCUGGGAUAAUGUAUUGAAAGAUUGCAAUGAAAGCUAUGUCCACAUACAUAAUUGGCUUGCCCAUUCCAAUGACAUACAUAAUAUGGAUGGAUUUGAGUUCGAAUGGCUAGCUUUAAAACGUAUAUUAUCGAGUAAUUUCUCGAAUCACAACAUCAAAAAUGCAUACAGUGAACGUUCUACACGUUUUAAUGAAGAAUCGAAUAAUUCAUCUCUUUUUGAAUGGUUAAAGAGAAGCGUUAAACGAGGUUUAUACAUGAUAUCUUCAUUUAUGAUGUCCUUAAUAUCUAGAAUUAGAGUCGUUAAAUAUGAAUUGGAAAUGUUGGUAGCUUUUGUCGAUUCGCAUCAAAGAAUAUUGAUGCUGGGAGGAUCUAAUUUUGAGAAGUUGUUGGGCAAGGAUCUUUUGUCUAGCUUUAUCAAGCAGUUGAGAUUAGCCCAGUUGUAUAUGCGGAUACUGAUAAAAAAGUAUCCCGAAGACAUAAAAGUGGAGUUAAUUAGAAUCGCAUCCUUUAUGUUGAUCAGAAUUAAAUCAUCAAUCGUAAGAAGCCAGGUGGAAAAUGGGUUGUUACUAUCUGAAGAUUCAGAUAGAAUCCUUAGUUUAUUGUCAAAACAGUGCUACGUCAUUUCAAAGUACAGCGCAGGAAUAUUUACAUUUACAGCUAAAUCAUUCUCCCUCAAGGCGCUUAAGGAUAGGAUUUGUUGUAGAUCCAGGAAAUGA